UUAGCACGUACAGUCGAGCUCGCCCCUUAAGUUGUUGAUCGUGAUAAUGACAUUUGUUCCGAACAUUGAAUUGGUUUGCGGAACCGAUCCAACCGUAAUCCGUUAACGAAACCAACCUCAAUUAAGUAGGAAACCGAUAAUGAGGUUUGCCGCUCGCCAUCGAGACCGGCACGAGUUUGCCGCUGGACCAAAGAACCUCAUGAACACGAGAAAAAAAAUCAGUAAAAGAUUUCUCCUCCUAAGUUGCGUACGAUGUCAGCGUUUCUCGGCAAAAGAUCUUAAAGGCAUAAACUCGAUUACUUAUCUGGUGGAACACUCGUAUACGCUCUUCAAAAAGCAGAAUUUCUCAAGAUAUUCGAGAUUUGCAGGGCUUACGACGCCUCCGGAACGGCAGUUACUCACAGGUAGCGGAUCCACGAGAAGAUUAAGGGCUUAUUACGACUGUGACGGGCGAUUAAUGAAUCGGCUACUAUAA